AUGAGUGCCCCAGAGGUUCCCGUAGAAGAACCGAACGCUCCUGAAGAGUACGUCGUGGAGAAAAUCAUAGAUAGCCGCAUAAACGAGCAGGGCGUUAAGGAGUACUACUUGAAAUGGAUUGGUUACGACGACAAAGACAACACCUGGGAACCCGAGGAAAAUCUCGACUGCCCCGGCCUGAUCUCCGCCUUCGAGGCGGCUCAGAAAGAGCGCGAGAAAAACAAACGCAAAGCGCCGACUGCCACAACCAAUGACAGCAGCACGUUAGCCAAGAGAAAACCAAUAGACGACAAAAAAUGCCUCGGCUUCGAUCGAGGAUUGGCCGCCGAAAAAAUCAUAGGAGCCACAGACAGCCCAGGUCAGUUGAUGUUUUUGAUCAAGUGGUCGGGCACGGACGAGGCCGACUUGGUUCCAGCAAAACAAGCGAACAUCAAGUGCCCCCAAGUUGUGAUUCAGUUCUACGAGGAGAGAUUGAAGUGGCACUCUUCAACGUUGGACGAAAACAACAAACCUGUGGAUUAA